AGGCGAGGGGAGGCGGGGAGCCGGGACGAGCAGCGGCCGAGCGAGCGCGGGGCGCACCGAGGCGAGGGAGGCGGGGAAGCCCCGCCGCCGCGGCCGCCGCGCCCGCCCCUUCCCCCCCGCCGCCCGCCCCCUUCCCCCCGCCCGCUCGCCGCCUUCCUCCCUGUGCCUUCCUUCCCCACGGCCGGCCGCCUCCUCGCCCGCCCGCCCGCAGCCGAGGAGCCGAGGCCGCCGCGGCCGUGGCGGCGGAGCCCUCAGCCAUGGCCUCGGGCGACACCCUCUACAUCGCCACGGACGGCUCGGAGAUGCCGGCCGAGAUCGUGGAGCUGCACGAGAUCGAGGUGGAGACCAUCCCGGUGGAGACCAUCGAGACCACGGUGGUGGGCGAGGAGGAAGAGGAGGAGGACGACGACGAGGACGGCGGUGGCGGCGACCACGGCGGCGGGGGCGGCCACGGGCACGCCGGCCACCACCACCACCACCAUCACCACCACCACCACCCGCCCAUGAUCGCGCUGCAGCCGCUUGUCACCGACGACCCGACCCAGGUGCACCACCACCAGGAGGUGAUCCUGGUGCAGACGCGCGAGGAGGUGGUGGGCGGCGACGACUCGGACGGGCUGCGCGCCGAGGACGGCUUCGAGGACCAGAUCCUCAUCCCGGUGCCCGCGCCGGCCGGCGGCGACGACGACUACAUCGAGCAGACGCUGGUCACCGUGGCGGCGGCCGGCAAGAGCGGCGGCGGCGGCUCGUCGUCGUCGGGCGGCGGCCGCGUCAAGAAGGGCGGCGGCAAGAAGAGCGGCAAGAAGAGUUACCUCAGCGGCGGGGCCGGCGCGGCGGGCGGCGGCGGCGCCGACCCGGGCAACAAGAAGUGGGAGCAGAAGCAGGUGCAGAUCAAGACCCUGGAGGGCGAGUUCUCGGUCACCAUGUGGUCCUCAGAUGAAAAAAAAGAUAUUGACCAUGAGACAGUGGUCGAAGAACAGAUUAUUGGAGAGAACUCGCCUCCUGAUUAUUCAGAGUAUAUGACAGGAAAGAAACUUCCUCCUGGAGGAAUACCUGGCAUUGACCUCUCAGAUCCCAAACAACUGGCAGAAUUUGCUAGAAUGAAGCCAAGAAAAAUUAAAGAAGACGAUGCUCCAAGAACAAUAGCUUGCCCUCAUAAAGGCUGCACAAAGAUGUUCAGGGAUAACUCUGCCAUGAGAAAACAUCUGCACACCCACGGUCCCAGAGUCCACGUCUGUGCAGAAUGUGGCAAAGCUUUUGUUGAGAGCUCAAAACUAAAACGACACCAACUGGUUCAUACUGGAGAGAAGCCCUUUCAGUGCACAUUCGAAGGCUGCGGGAAACGCUUUUCACUGGACUUCAAUUUGCGCACACAUGUGCGAAUCCAUACCGGAGACAGGCCCUAUGUGUGCCCCUUCGAUGGUUGUAAUAAGAAGUUUGCCCAGUCAACUAACCUGAAAUCUCACAUCUUAACACACGCUAAGGCCAAAAACAACCAGUGAAAAGAAGAGAGAGAAGACCCUUCUCGACCCCGGGAAGCAUCUUCCAGGAGUGUGAUUGGGAAUAAAUAUGCCUCUCCUUUGUAUAUUAUUUCUAGGAAGAAUUUUAAAAAUGAAUCCUACACACCUAAGGGACAUGUUUUGAUAAAGUAGUAAAAAUUAAAAAAAAAACUUUAAUAAGAUGACAUUGCUAAGAUGCUCUAUCUUGCUCUGUAAUCUCGUUUCAAAAACACGGUGUUUUUGUAAAGUGUGGUCCCAACAGGAGGACAAUUCAUGAACUUCACAUCAAAAGACAAUUCUUUAUACAACAGUGCUCAAAAUGGGACUUCUUUUCACAUUCUUAUAAAUAUGAAGCUCACCUGUUGCUUACAAUUUUUUUAAUUUUGUAUUUUCCAAGUGUGCAUAUUGUACACUUUUUGGGGAUAUGCUUAGUAAUGCUAUGUGUGAUUUUUCUGGAGGUUGAUAACUUUGCUUGCAGUAGAUUUUCUUUAAAAGAAUGGGCAGUUACAUGCAUACUUCAAAAGUAUUUUCCUGUAAAAAAAAAGUUAUAUAGGUUUUGUUUGCUAUCUUAAUUUUGGUUGUAUUCUUUGAUGUUAACACAUUUUGUAUAAUUGUAUCGUAUAGCUGUAUUGAAUCAUGUAGUAUCAAAUAUUAGAUGUGAUUUAAUAGUGUUAAUCAAUUUAAACCCAUUUUAGUCACUUUUUUUUUCCAAAAAAUACUGCCAGAUGCUGAUGUUCAGUGUAAUUUCUUUGCCUGUUCAGUUACAGAAAGUGGUGCUCAGUUGUAGAAUGUGUUGUACCUUUAACACCUGCUGUGUACAUCCGUGUAACAGAAAGGGCGACAAUAAAGCAGCGAUCCUAAAGCAAGGACAUGGCAGAGAAAGAUCUGUAAGCACAGUCUUAUUUUCUUCUGUUGUCCAGAAUACUUAUAAUUCUUGAGCCUCCCAGAAAUUGGAAGCUAAAUAAAGCAACUCAAGUUUCCUUUA